CUGGUGAAUGGUGGUAAGCGCUGUGCUGGGAGAGUGGAGGUUCUUCAUGAGGGACAGUGGGGCACGGUUUGUUCUUUUUCCUGGGAUAUGACUGAUGCUGCAGUGGUGUGUAGAGAGCUGGACUGUGGGGAGGCUGUAGCAGUAUUGCAUAAUGCUCAUUUUGGAGAGGGAUCAGGACCAAUCUGGAUGGAAAAUGUGGCCUGCAGUGGAUCAGAGUCUACACUGAAGAACUGUACAUCAGCAGGAUGGGGCAAACAUAACUGUCUUCAUUCUGAAGAUGCUGGAGUCAUCUGCUCAGGUCAUGUGACCAGACUAGUUGAUGGAUUUAACUUGUGUUCUGGGAGACUAGAGCUUCUACGUGGAAACAAAUGGGGCACGGUGUGUGAUGCUGCCUUUGACCAGCAGGAUGCAGAGGUUGUGUGUCGAGAGCUGGGCUGUGGGGCUCCUGGAGAAAUUCUGGGAGGAGCAGCUUUUGGCAGAGGGGAGGGCCAUGUGUUGUCAGAUGAGUUUCAGUGUGGAGGAAAUGAAUCUGAGAUAUUCCUUUGUCCAAAAUCACCUUCACAAAAACAAAACUGUUCUCACAAUAAUGAUGUGGGACUUACAUGCACAGCUUACACAGAGUUCAAACUGGUUGGAGGCCCUGACUCCUGUGCUGGUCGAGUUGAGCUACGGUACCUGGAUGAGUGGGGCACAGUGUGUGAUGCAUCAUGGGACAUGAGAGCUGCCAGUGUCCUCUGUAGACAGCUGAAUUGUGGGAGUGCUCUGGGUGUUGUGGGGUUGGAUCGUUUUGGAGAGGGCAGUGGUCAGAUUUGGUCUGAUGUGUUUGAUUGCCAGGGGAAUGAGACACACCUGUCAGACUGUGUCAUCUCCUCAUGGAGUCGAGCUUCAUGUUCUCAUGAACAGGAUGUUGGAGUCAUCUGCUCUGAUUCCUCAAAGUCUCUUCAGGAUGGAAUGCUGCAGACCAUUGGAGAGAGAGAAUGUGAGGGAGAGUUUGAGGUUUAUUACCGUAAGGCCUGGAGGCGAUAUCUGUUGAACACUUACGGUUUCCCUGAAGCCUCUGUGAUGUAUCGUGCUCUGGGAAUGAGGCUCAUGUAUAUCAAUGCAGACACAGUCCUGGUGCAGACUGUGGUCAUUAUCAAUAUCCAUCAGUCAUCUGCUCUGGUGAGACACUCUGACUCAGGUCCCAGGUCCCUCAGGCUGGUGGGUUCUGGGAGUGACUGUGCAGGGAGACUGGAGAUUUUCCACAAAAACUCAUGGGGAACAGUGUGUGAUGAUUCCUGGGAUAUUGAGGAUGCCCAGGUUGUGUGCAGACAGCUCCAGUGUGGAGAGGCCCUGAGUGCCCCAGUUCCAGCCUGGUUUGGUCCUGGAACUGGACCCAUAUGGCUGGAUGAGGUGGAGUGCCUGGGGAACGAGACGUCCCUAAGAAGAAAGUUCCAACCCACGAAGUCAUUUGACAUGUUCAGCAUCUUCAGCCCAGAGGCCAUGUUCAGGGAAAGUAAUGACAUCUACCGGUUCCUUACCAACAUCAGUUGUUACCAGAUGGACCACAACCUCAAAGACUCAAUCUCCAGUUCCACGUCAUUCUGUUCCUUUGGCAGUUUUCUUGGUUCUAGGAACACUGCUCCUACUGCUGGUGGUGCUUGUGCCCUUUCCAAGAGGAAACACAUGACUAUAUCUGAAGUGGUGUAUGAGGAGAUUAAUGACAGAUUCAUCACUAAAAGAACCAGUAACACUGUUCAGAGGGGGGGAAAUGAGGAGGAGGUUACACCAGAGGACUAUGAUGAUGUCAGGUCUGUUGGAGAUGUUCAGCAAAAUGUUCAGAAGAUGGAAUAUGAAAAUGUGGUGGAAGAAACUCUCAAAGGAGAGAGAAAACUCUCUGAAGAUUACGUCAACACCACCGAAGCGACCAAAUAA